UAGAUUGCUGAAGUGAUUCAUAAAAAUACAAAUGAAACAUGUAAAUCUAUAUAUAAAAGAAAGUCAUGUUAGGUACACUAUUUAUAAGUCGAGAACGGCUGAACCGAUUUGGCUGAAAUUUGGUGGAGAGGUAACUUAGAACCAGGAGACGGACAUAGGAUACUUUUUAUCCCAUUCGAACGCGUUUCCGUGUAGUCACUAUAAAAUGUGGUAUAACAAAAACGCAUCUGAUAUGAAAUAACAAAACGCAAAUGACAGCUAAACGUAAUUUUGCCUAUGGUUAAGUAGAAAAUUUGAUAAUAUAAAUUUUGUCAUAAAUAUAUAAUCACAGUAAUUUGUAUUCUCUUUGAAUCAUCAUUAUCGAUGCCGCGACCAAGACGAUCGAAUCUUUCCCGACAAAGCCGUAAUGCAAGAAGGAUACGAAACAUUGCGAAUGAAUGAAACGACUGAAGAAGCACAAGGAAUUGCCCAUGAAGAGCGCCGCGUUAGUAUGGCCCGACUUCGUGCUUCUCAAUCACAAGAAGCAAAGCGAGGCAGCCCGUGAAACGGCUCGGUUGGCAAUGUGAAAUCGUCGAGUGAAUAACAGAGAGAAUUAUCAAGAGCUGAUUUGAAUCGAGCAGCGUUUCGAUAUGAUUGCAACACUGAUUACAGCUUGCAUCCUCGCGUUUGCAUUGGGGCAAUGAACGUUGUUUGCGAGUAUUUUGGCGCAUUGAAGUUUUCCGGACUUUUUUGGAGGCGCAAUGAUUUUACUGUCUAGCGACUUCCGCCAAACACUGCCAGUAAUUCCAAGAUCAACGGCUGCUGACGAAAUAAACGCUUGCCUCAAAUCAUCGAAUCUAUGGCGCUAUGUGAAGAAACUUCAGCUGACAACAAACAUGAGAGUUGCAUUACUUAAUGAUACAUCUACUGAAGAUUUCUCUGAGCAAUUACUGACUAUCGGUAAUAGUCGAGUACCAGUCGACGAAUCGAGCAGAUUGAUUUCAUUUCCUAAGAAUUUCUGUAACUUUGUCUCAUUGAAAGACGAACUUAUCAAUACAGUAUUCCCAACCAUCAUUAAUAACUACAAAAAUAAUGAAUGGUUGAGUGAGCGAGCAAUUUUAGCGGCUAAGAAUAAAGAUGUAAAUGCCCUAAACUACAUAAUUCAAAAUGAUAUCAUUGGAACAAUGCAUUCAUUCAAAUCCAUUGACUGUGUAACAAAUGAAGAUGAAGCCACCAACUAUCCAAUUGAAUUUUUAAACUCCUUGGAUGUGCCUGACUUACCACCGCACAAUUUACGUCUAAAAGUUGGCUCCGUAGUAACCAUGCUUCGAAACAUAAGCCCACCAAAACUUUGCAACGGUACGCGUUUGGUGGUAAAUAAAUUGAUGAAAAAUGUGAUUUACGCGACGAUACUCAAAGGAAAAUUCGAAGGUGAAAAAAUUCUUAUUCCGAGGAUCCCGAUGAUCCCAACCAAUCUUCCGUUGGAGUUUAAAAUCCUUCAAUUUCCGAUGCGUUUUGCAAUCGCCAUGACCAUUAACAAAUCACAAGGCCAAUCCUUGAAAGCUUGUGGUCUGAAUUUAGAAAAUCAAUGUUUCUCACAUGGUGAAUUAUAUGUGGCAUGUUCACGGGUCGGAAAACUAUCUGCGUUGUUUGUUCUUGCACCUGAUAAUAAAACAAAAAAUGUCGUGUAUCACAAAGUGCUUAACUGAAGAGUGCAAUCUAUUAAAGCUUCAUUGAAAUACUUGAUUAAUAAAAAAAUUAACUUAAUAAAAUCAAAAAUCUGCUUUUUUAUUGCCUCUAGGGUCAGCUAGCAAAAAAUAUUUUAAAAAAUUUUGAGCUCAAAUAAAGAAGAAAAAAUACGAAAAUGAAAUCAAUAUUAAAAUAAAGAAAAAGAAAAAAAAUGAAAACAAGAGGGAAAAGAUCAAAAAAGAAACGUAAGAAUUAAAAAAAAAAUAAUAAUAAUAAAUAAAAAGUAUUAAAACACAUAAAUCUCAAUAAAGAUUUACAUACAUUUUCGUAAAUUGAAAUCUCCAACACACCGCGUCUUUACAACCUUUCUUCCGCAUGUUUUCCUCCUGGUUUUUGUAACAUCAAAAUUUAUGAUUCGUAAUUAUUACUCGCAAUCAACAGCAGCAGAAACAGUAGCAAUAGAAUCAGCUAAAAUAUGAAAAAAUAUCAACUUGAACAACUCAAGCAACGUGAUCAUCAAUUGAUGUCACUCAGCAGGCAUUUAAAGCGCUCGAUACCUAAUAUUAUUUAUUUUAUAAUUGUUGUUUUUACUGCUGUUUUUUCUUUUCUCUUGCCACGGCCUUCUCCUACUCCUCGCUUGUAUAGGUUAAUUAAAUAAAAUACAUACAUACAGACAUGUACACAUGUCCAUUUUGCUGGUCACUUGCUUGCGCCUUGUGAUUGUUGUUGCAGUGACGAUCAGUUGCACGAUCAGCUGUGGUCAUCCACACAACAAAUCAUAUAGUUACACAAUGACAGGCAAAAAUUAAAUUUACAACAACAAAACUUGCAGCAGUAUAAAUCUAAAAUUAAUUGUUUCAACAAAUUUGAACUUGCCUGUCAGUCAGUAUGUGUACAUAUUUUCAUACAUAUGUACGUACUCGCCUGCUCGCCCCAUUGGUGGCGACUGCACGUUUGCCUCGAUCGUUGCCAAACUCGUUCACACCAGCAUUGCAGCGCUGCACUUGUCGACCAGUUAUGGUGUGCUGUGUAAUGACAUUGUCGUUGCCGUCAUAACGCGCGCGCGCGCUGAACGAUAUUUGUUGCAAAUAUCGGUGUUUCCCCUGCUAACGAGUACACUGCGGAUGGCUGCUGUUUGUUGUUUUGGUGGUCACGUCGCUCAGAAGUUGCCGAACGCCGAUCUACGUCAUUCACUUAGCACGGCGUUCGUGUGUAUCUAAGUGGUCGUGUAUUUCACAGGCGCUCAUAAAUCGAACGGUAGCUGCCCAUUACAAUAGCAAUAACGCAAAAACAAAAGUUAUUAAUUAAAGUUGCUUUAAAUAAUUGUGAGUGCAACAACAACCGUAAGUUAGCAAAUGGUGAAGCUUAAAGCCCAAAAACUUGACAAAAGCAAUGCAACGAAAUUUAAGUGAAGGUAAGCGUAAAGGUGGAAAAGAAUGCAAAGAAAGAGCAUAAUGAAUAAAUAAAAAGGAAAUACAAUGGGUAAAAAUAACUUUUUUGUUUUGUUUAUUUGCAAGCAGAAGCCACCCAAUGUUCAAUAGUCAAAGCUCUCUGCUUUUGAGCACACACACACACAUAUCAACAGCCAGCAAGAUAACAUAUCAAUUAAAGCACCUAACCACUCAUUCGACAGAGGGCUCGCUUACCCAGCCAGCUUAGCUGUAAAAGAAAAUUGAUGGCGCUCAAAGAACUGCUGUUUGCGGCAAAGCUCAGCGAUCUAUGAACAAACAUGUGUAUGUAUGUAUGUAGGGCUGUAUGUAUGCAUGUACUAGUAUGUAGUCGCUAGUUUGACGCUAGUAUUAAUCGUGAGCGCAAUCGCGAUUGAAUGACGCGCGUGUGUCACAGACACACACGCGAUCAGAAGUUGUGCAAAUAUUGUGAGCUGUCAGGGCGGGGGCUGCAAAAAUUCAACAAUUGUUCAGUGCGGUGUUGCGCUCAACGUCCGUGCCAACGCGUCCAACACUAGUAGUGCUAGUUAGUCGGUCGGUCGAGCGGCUAGUUGCUUUAUUGGUACAUACGACCAUGUAAUAACUACGCGACAAAAUCAGCGUGAGAACAAAAAUAAGAGGAAGAAUAAGUAAAAAAAAAACGAAAAAAAACAUAUAGAAGAAAAAUAUUAAACUAAUCUACUAACAACGCAGUAACGACAGCUGGUGUGUAAUGUACCGUACUACCUGUGCCGCUGCGCUUUUUGUUUAAUUUCAUAAUUUUGCAAAUAUUUACAAAACUUCUGAAAGGCAACAAGCUGUGAAAAUCAAAUCCGCUUGAUAAGUGUUGAAUGUGCACGUUGCCUGUUUACCACAAUGACUUUACUCAGCCAAGUGUGAAGUGUAGAGUGCUUCAAGCGCUCCGUCGAUCGAAUGCGGCCUGGACAAUACGAGUAUAAGUGCGCGUACAAGUAAAUGAAAUGAAUCACUUGGUGUCAUAAAUUGACCUGCUGACAUUUUUAAAUAUACUGAAAUUUGUAACAAUCGUGCUUUGCUUUAGAAACGUGUAAGACAAAAUUAGAUUUUAUUAUGCGCAAAUCGCACAAGGAAAUGUAUGCAAGUAAAUUUAUACGCGAACACGGCGGAGCUACUUACACGCCUAUGAUAAUGUGUCUUAAAAUAAAAACAGUGAUAACGAGAAUUUAAGCGUAACAAAUAAAUCGCCUGCUUUGAGCACCGCCAUUAUCUACUUACAAUAGCUUCAAUGUUAUAUAAAAAAAAUAUAUAUUUUUAAAUUGGAUUGGCAUAAUUUUAAAAGGAAUAGAAAUACAGAAAAAUCGAAUACUAGUAAAAAACGAAUGUAAUUGUUUUAAAGCUCUACAGAUGAAAUUCCAACAUUUUCAACAACAAUUGUUUGCUUAGCAAUUGUCAAAGUAUUUGCUCCCCUAAAAAAAGUGUCUUCCUUUUGUCUCCGAUGAUAGUAAAGAUCACUGAUCGUUCAACAGAAAAAAGCCUAUACACAGAAAAUAGGAAAUUAGCAGUAGUGGAGGAAUGAUAUAGUGUUAGUGGGCGCAUGCCCAUAUGCCAUUGUUGUGGCGGAAUCUUUGAUAAUGUUUCUGACAUUUUGAUUUCAACCUCCUUAACAAAAUAGAAAGCUUAUACAUACCUAUGUAUGUCCGGGGCUUGUAUUCUUUGGCUUAGUGAGUACUAACCUCAAUAAUGUAAAUAAUUCAACAAUCGUCGGUCGCUUACUCUGUCAUCCGUAGAAGGAGUUAUAGCAAAUAUUAGUGAUUUCAAGUGGGAAAAGCGUAAAUAUUACUGAUCGUGAAAGUCACAGCUGGCGAUAACACGCACCAAAGAUUUUUGCACAUUUUAAGCAAAUAAAAAUGUUGAAAUGCGUUGUAAAAUAUUUAGUACAUAAUAUAAUUUAAAAAAGUGCCCCAAGAAAUUAAAAAUAAAACUUUAAAAUGUAAGAAACACCAAAAAGUAUUAAAAAAAAAUUAUUUACAAGCGUAAAUAAAUAGUUACAAGCUGCGAAAUAUAAAAUAAAAGAAAAUCACCACCUUGAGUGCCAAAUAAAAAAAAGCUUACUUUUUCAAUAAACUUAAAUUCGCAUCAAUGAGUUUCGCCUCGGCCAACAGUAAGACCUCCGAUGAAACCGCCACUUCACUUCACCGGGCUAUUACUGCAUCUACAAGCACAAUACCGACAGAUUUCGCUGAAAAUUCGGCGGCACACACAACACUUUCAACACCGUCACUAUCAUCACCACCAUCAGUGGUGUCAAGUGCCACCAGCGCACAAACAACACCGAUCGGCACUUCAACUUUUGCUCCCACUCACUCUUACGCCGCCUCUGUGCCAACCACUAGCUGUGGCGCCACGUCAACGGUAACAUUCAAUCCAGCUGUCACCACUUUCACCGCGCAUUGGACACAUAACUCCAGCAGUGAAAGCAGCGGCAGUAGUGCCAAAUCAUCCUUUUCCUCAUCAACUUACUCCUCAGCUCUCUCGGAGACAUCGGCAGCAGUUGCUGCAGCAACAAAGGCAGCAGCACCAAGACCGUCGUCUUCAUCGAGCACAGCGCGAAAAGGUGUUGCUCAACAUAAAAGUCCUGCCAACGCAGCCAGUUCGUUUGUGGUUAAAUGUCUGUGGAAGACGGUGCGUUUUAUGUGGCAGGUUACGGAGAUACCGAUGAAAAUCGGUGAGACCAUCGGCAGCAUUUAUAGAUAUGCACAUGAUUCAGUCGAAACAAUACUCUGCGUAGCUGGAAAAGCGCGUCGUAAGGAGCGCGAUGGUGAUCAAAAUUCAACAGAUACCAAAUUAUAUUUGGAGGAAAGCGUUUUAGAACGUAAGCUACCUGAAGCCGAUCUCAAAGCCUUAGUGGAUCUUCCAGCUGGCUUGGACUAUAACGAAUGGCUGGCGUCACAUACUCUGGCUCUAUUUGAGCAUGUAAAUUUGGUAUAUGGAACUAUUAGUGAAUUUUGUACGCCAUCUGGUUGUCCGGAUAUGACCGGACCAGGCAACAGAACGUACUUAUGGUUCGAUGAGAAAGGCAAGAAGACGCGCGUCGCCGCUCCCCAAUACAUCGACUAUGUGAUGACCUUCACGCAAAAGACAGUCAGCGACGAGUCGAUAUUCCCAACCAAAUAUGCCAACGAAUUUCCAAGUUCGUUUGAAUCGAUUGCCCGCAAAAUACUACGCUUGCAAUUUCAUGUGAUAGCUCAUCUCUAUGCGGCGCAUUUCCGAGAAAUUGCGCUUCUGGGAUUGCACACCCACUUAAAUUUGACAUUUGCGCACCUAACCGCACUGCAUCGACGUUUCACACUGAUCGAUGAGAAGGAGACGGACGUAUUGCGCGAUCUGGAGGUGGCGUUACGCCUCACUGACGAUGGCCAGAGCUCGCUUGCUUCGUCCACAAUUACAGCCACGACGGAUGGUGGCAGCAGUAGUGGCGGCGGCGGUGGUGGUGGCGGCAGUAGUUCCACAACUGAUAGUGGUAUAGCGAAUAGCAGCAGCAGCAGCAGCGGUGUCGGCGGCGGUAGCGGCGCGACUGCGGCAACAACAUACGCCCACUCGCAGCAGCAGCAUUCGGGAGUAGAGGAUGUCAAUUUAAUGCAACAGCAGCAGCAGCAGUCAGCAACGUUAACGACGGGCACAACGCUCAUCGAUGGCGAUGCGGGAGCGCCGCCCAUUUGCACACAACCGGAGGCGCACGUGAAGCAAACGAACAAUGCGCAUGCGUCAGCAGCAGCGGCAGUCUUUGGCGGCGGUGGUGGCCUUAUUGGUGGCAUAUUGGGCGACUUGAGCAGCGGCGAAUUCGGCGAAACGGCGACACGCUACUGCACCUCGGCGCUGCCACAACAAAAUGCUGAGGCUGGUGGUGCAGGUGCGGGCCCGGGGGCGGCAGUAUUAGCAAUGAACUGCAAUAAUGGCGGCGCGGGAGCUUUGCACUUGAAUUUCAAUAAUAAUCACCAUCAUCACCACCAUCACCAUCACCAGCACCCACAUGCACAUCAUCACGCGGCGCAGCAGCAGGCGGCGCAUCAUUUUACGCAGCAGCAACAACAGCAUCAACAGCACAGUGGCCUCAUACAGUGCAAUGCGAGCAAUGCACCGCAUGCGAACACCGUCAAUGCCUCAGUUGCUGCUGCUGCGGCAUCAGCAACGAAUGCCAGCGCAGCAACAACAACAACAACGGCAUAGUUGCCAAAAGCAAAUGCAACAAAAACAACAAUAGCAAUAACAAAUUCGAAUGCAAUUGAUGUCGUUGAUAAGACCAUCGAAAUAGUUGAUGUGAAUGCUGUUGGUUAUCCUAAACCGGCGACAGAAGCUACUGCCUCUGCAGCCGUUAAAGCUAAAGCAAGCGCUACUGUUAUUGCCGCCGCCACCGCUGCCGCCGUUGCUCUCAACUACACCGCCGAUGUUGCCGCACCCAUUGCCGCUGCUGUUGCCCUUAGCGUAGGACUUGGACGAAACGACGAUGUGCACGAGAAUUACGUCGCUAAUGUUGACGUCGAAGCUGAAGCCGAAGAUGAGGACGAAGACGAAGAGGGAGAUGUUGAGGUAGAAGUUGAAAUUGAAGACAAAGCUAAAUAUAAUGAAAACAAAGAUGAUAAAGAUAACGAUGUUAAAAGUGUUGCCGUUGCGGCCGCAAAGGAUGUAUGACGCUUAUUGCUUUAUAUUUACAAUAUAUAGAGUAGUGUUAAUUAAAAAGUAAGAAUACAAAAGAAGCAAAGAAAAAUUAAAACCUAAAAUUUAAAAUCUAAAAUGUUAAAAGAAAAGAAAAGAAAAGAUGAAAAACAUAAUAAUAAAUAUUAAACGUAUAAAAUGCAAAAAUAACAAAAUUAUAUUGAUGAUUGUAAUUGUGUCUGUAUCUGGUGUCACACCAACAAACAAAACACAAAUAAAACUUAGAACAAAGCAAACACUAAAUGGAACUCACAAACAUAUUGAAACAAACCCAAAAGAAAAUAAAUAAAGUAUAGUAAAAAUGUGCUAAGAAGUAGGCAAAGAUUAUUAGCAUUAUUAUGCACUGUACAAGCAAAAAGCAAAAAACAAAAUCACUUACUUGACAAAAAGAAAUACAAAUCACGAACAUUUUAGAAAACUGAAGAUAAGAAUCUUUCACCAGCCAACCACUUAUUGACACACCCAAUCACUUUUAACCUAGCACACCCCUCUUUGACGUUCUGAUGCAUCACUUGAAGCUAACUGUAAUAUUUUUGAACCGCAACGCUUUAGGGUUGGGACGAAGCUGAGCCGGCCUGGCUGUUUUUAUUUUGUUUUGUUUUGAAAUGAAAAGUGAAGACGGUGAAGUGGGACUGAGAAAACACAACUUGCGGUUAGCCAUUUAAAGCUUUGUUUAUGUCAUUAGACCAAUUCACGCUUACUUAUGCAUGCGCAGGCGUUGGCGGUUUUUGUUUUACAUAAAAAUACGUUAAAAUUUGUGAUAAAAAUAAACUUGAGACAUUUGAAAAAUAUUUAAAAACUUAAAAAUGUCUAAAAAAGUAUCUACAAGAUAAAAAAAAUGUUUGAAGCUUUUUAAAUAGUUAAAGGUUAAAAGUUUCCAUGCCCUGGUGCAGGAGCAGGCGUGAAUUUGUCGCUAUUUUUGGUUUGUUCUGAUAAAAAAAAAAAUAAUAAAAAUUAAAAAAAAAAACGGACUCUUUUUAAAUCUUUAACCCGUUCGGACCUCAUGUGAAGAAUUAUGCACAUAAUGAUUUUUAUUUUACUUUGUUGACAACACUUGGGACCUAAUGUGCAUAAUUGUGCACUUUUCGGAAAUUUCGGAAAACUUAAUAAAUAUGUAUGUAUAUAAUAAAUAUAUAUGAUUUUUCACACAUUUGUUUCGAUGAUGUCCUUCUUACUAAUAAUUAGUAAAAAAAUAAUUUUAUUAUCCAUUAACAAUAAUUCAGGUCUGAAGUGGUUAAACCAAUUCAGGUUCACCUGUGGCAUUGACUUGGUAGAGCGAAAAUUUUACGAAAACUAAAUGCGCGCCGGGGAAAACUAUUAAGUAACGGGUAGCAAAGCAAAGAAUUCGGUGUGAAUACCGCUAGUUUUAGACAGACAGAAAUGGUACACGAACAAAAGCAAAUUUACGUGCUGUAAUUUCGAAAAGGCAAUGUUAACUGUAUCUUACAGAAAUUUAAAGUAUUUACAAUUUAUUAUGAAACGAAAGCUUUUGAAAUAUAAUUUUUAUUUGUUUUGGAAAAUUUGAAUAUUUAAAAUUUCUUUUGUGUCUAAUUAUUCUUCAUACGAGUAUAUUCACCAACCUCAACUCAAUUCUCAAGUUCAAUGGUUCUAAAAUGAAAAAUAUUUCAAACAAUUUUAAGCUAUCGAUAUACUGAGACCCAACAAGAACAACAAAAUUCACAAAUACUUCAAAACACGAUAAUUAAUUUUUGUAAAUUUUUUUAAUUGGUUUGUUGGUUCAGCUUACGUUGUUAUUACUGGUAGUAAUGAUUUAAAUUCGGCUUUGUCAAAGUGUAGUGAUGUGUUUGAAACAAAAACAAAAAAAAGCUAAAGCAAAAACUAAAAAAUUUGAAUGUAGCA